ACUUUCGUACAUCUGAUUUUUUUCUUCUUGCAGAUCUCAUGCAAGGUCCUAUGGAACCCCGGAUAAUUAAUGGAGUCGAAAUCGUUUUUGGCACUAGAAGUGAAUGUGAUGUCCCAAGCUGGGAGUGUCCUCAUUGCCAUCAGAAGAUGGAAACUAUAAGAUUCCUUGUGUUUGAUUUCCCACCAUUGUACUGUGUUGGCUGUAAAUCUAUGAACCCAAAUAACUUCAGUUUAAACCUUGCAACUGUCUUGAUGAAUGGAAUUUCGAUUGUGGGUGAAGUCAAAGAACAGAAAAUCAAAGUAGGCGAUCCUGGUGAAUGUGUGGCAUAUGCAGUAGCUCAACUGGCUGAGAUGAUGAACAGGAUAGUGAUUGCGUGCUCGGCCGAGGAACCUGUAUUAAGUGCGGCUAACACUUAUUGUGUUCCAGAACACUUCAUUAGUCGAUUUGCUAAAGAGUUCCCUGACAGAACUACUGGUGGCGGUGUCCACAAAAUUCUGCGCAUGCUUUCAAUGCUUUUGGCAGGAGUCCCAAUGGAAUCCAUGUCAACUAAAAGUGUGAGUCAUCACUUCACUGGUGGUGAAAUCCGGGCCAUUCACUGUGAUGAUUUCGAGGAAGUUUGUCGGCAAAUUGCUGAUGGCAAUGCUGUGCUUGCUACCUUCUAUGAUGGUGUUGGAUAUGCACAACUGCAGUAUUGUCAAUACUACACAGCUAUGCCUGCCUCUGUUGUGGCUCGACUUUUGGCUGAUGGGGAGCAUGUUUCUGCUCAUGUUGUUGUGCUAGUUGGAGUGAUAUCAGAACAGGGACAUAGGGCUUACUUUGCACUAGAUUCAGCAGGAACAGCCUUUUGCAGGCAGGUGGGAAGUACUGAAGGGUGGCGAUCUUUGUUCAACUGGAACAAAAAGAGUCAACUCGGAGGAUAUGGAAAAAUCACCGCCGAUAGUGCUUGGUACACUAAUUUCUUCAAGGUUUCUAGACAGAAUGAUCAUGGGCUGCCUCCUAAACUCUUUGUUGCUAAUCAUGACCCUGAUGAUUAUAUUGUGGAUAACAUGCCGACUGAUUUGAUCUUCGCUCCACAAGAAGAAAGGGAUGACAUGCUUGCUACACGUAACCAGCGGUAUGCCUUUCAUGGAAGGUACUUGAGGCGUCGUUUUCGUCAGUUAAGGUAUUGAGCAUGCGAAAGGAUCUUGUGUUGCUGGGACGCCCCUUGUUUUUUGUAAUGUUACUGAUUGCUGAACUACCAAGGGAGCAGUGCUAUUCCUGUUUGGGAUGUAGCUAAAUUGGGCCUCCUAUUUUUUUUGCUGCUACUUUGAUAUUAAGCUGUAAGUUGGUUAUUUGAUUGGAAGUAUUAGCUUGAUUCAUGCCAGAGUAGUUGAUUA